AUGCAAAACUGGCUUCCACCAGCUCCCUCAAGAGAACUCACCGAUGAUGAAAUUGCUUCUCGUGUUGUAAUUAGGGAUAUUCUGGAUACGCCGCCUGUUAUACCUAAGACUCCCAAAAUAGCAUUCAUGUUUCUGACACCAGGUGCUUUACCUUUUGAGAAGCUGUGGGAUAAAUUUUUUCAGGGCCAUGAAGGUAAAUUCUCUGUCUAUGUUCAUGCGUCAAAAGACAAACCAGUGCAUUUCAGCCGUUACUUUUUCGAUCGGGAGAUUCGCAGUGAAAAGGUAGUAUGGGGAACAAUAUCGAUGGUAGAUGCAGAAAAACGUCUUUUAGCAAAUGCACUCAAAGAUCACGACAACCAGCAUUUUGUACUGCUUUCUGACAGUUGCAUACCACUUCGUAAUUUUGAAUAUGUGUACAACUAUCUCUUGUACACAAAUGUUAGCUUUGUAGACAGCUUUGAGGAUCCUGGUCCUCAUGGAAAUGGAAGGUAUUCUGACCGCAUGCUACCCGAAGUUGAGAAGAAAGAUUUUCGAAAGGGUGCACAGUGGUUCACAAUGAAGCGGCAACAUGCUAUUAUAAUCAUGGCGGACAGUCUCUACUAUACGAAAUUUAGGAUUUAUUGCAAGCCAGGCAUGGAAUAUGGACGGAACUGCUAUUCUGAUGAACACUAUUUACCGACAUUUUUCCAUAUUCUUGAUCCCGCUGGAAUUGCAAAUUGGUCUGUUACACAUGUUGAUUGGUCUGAAGGGAAGUGGCAUCCAAAAUCAUAUCGAUCACAGGAUGUUACCUAUGAUCUAAUGAGGAAAAUUAAAUCUAUUGUAGAUAGUGUGCAUGUUACAAGCGACAAAAGGAAGGAAAUUCAGAUUAGACCUUGCUUGUGGAAUGGAAAUCAACGGCCAUGUUACUUGUUUGCUAGGAAAUUCUUGCCUGAAACUUUAGAUAAUUUGAUGGCCCUUUUCUCCAACUAUACUUCUAUAUGA